AUGGAUUCAUCGCUGCAUGAGGUCUGGCUAGCUGCUGCUGGCAGUCCAUUCCUCCCUACCGUCGGCAAAGGGAGUCAAUUCCUCGUCGGCUUUGUUCUGCUCUCUCUAGGAGUCUGUGCUACUGGAGUUUUUGCAUUAAACCGUUCACUAGUCAACGUCUUCGCAGUUGGCAUCCCAGCAUCUCUGGCAUUGGCAUACGGUGUCGUAUACAUGUUCUGCGCGGUCGGAGUCUACGUCUAA